UGUGUGUUAAAUUUGAAUAUAGUUACUUUAAUUGUUAACAUCAGUAGUUCAGUUGUACUGUUUUUUGUUUGUAGUGUCCUGCCCAACUCGUAAAGGGUCUUAUGAUUUACAUGUUAGUGUCCCAUAUUUUGGGAAUAAUUAGUUACCAAAGUUACCCCAAAAAAUUACCAUAAGUAUGUAUUUUCAUUUUGGUGCAAGAUCACGUUCAUUGUAGGGAUAUGGAUUCCUCUAAACAUAUUGGCUGAUGCAGAAAGUUUAAUUGAAUGAAUUCAAAGUUGAUGCAGCCCACUCAAGCUUAUCUAUGGGUUAAAUAAACCAACAGUAAUUCAAUUUAUAUCAAAUGUAUUUAAACAUAAAAAAGAACGAAAAGUGCUUUUACUUGACUAGAUGGAUACUCGGCGUCAAAUGUAUAGGUCAACUACAUUACCCAGAAGCCCCUGCUACAAUAACACAACCACGGGUCACUUUUAUCCAAUCACGGCUCGACCGUGAUGUUGCCCUAUUGACGUGUCGUAUUCGGUCGCUAUUGAGGAAAACACGGGGCUGAUUUUCAUGCCACACAACCGCGUCCGUCUCACCGUCAGUUGUUUCCAACAGAUAGAACAAUGUCAGAGCCCAGCAAGCAGGAUAUCUCUGCUAUUUUUAAGCGACUCCGCGCGGUUCCUACGAACAAGGCUUGCUUUGACUGCUCGGCUAAAAACCCCAGCUGGGCCAGCAUCACCUACGGUGUGUUCCUGUGUAUAGACUGCUCUGGGACACACAGGUCUCUUGGUGUGCACCUGACCUUUAUCAGGUCCACUGAGCUGGAUUUCAAUUGGUCGUGGUAUCAGCUCAGAUGUAUGCAAGUGGGAGGCAAUGCCAAUGCGUUUUCAUUUUUCAGUCAACAAGGAUGCACAACCAACGCUGCCAACACCAAGUACAACAGCCGGGCUGCUAACCAGUACAGAGAGAAGAUAAAGAAUUUAGCCACACAAGCGACCAGACGCCAUGGCACCGAGUUGUGGCUCGACAGUCAGGCUCCUCUCUCCCCGACGACACCAGACGACAAGCAGCUGGACUUCUUCAGUCUGCAUUCACAGACUCUUCCUGACAAUUUGAACAUGCCCAAAUCGUAUCUCAGCUCCUCCACAUCAGAGAAGCCUUUAACCAGGGAAACGGAGGAAGACAGUAACGGUAAUCUAGAUGAGGGUCCUAGUGUGGACAUGCUGAGUGCUUCUCCAAAAGCAAAUCCAGACCCCUCCUCUCUUCUUAGGAAGAAGCCAACUGCCGCCAAGAAAACGUUGGCCUCUAAGAAGGGCGGUCUGGGCGCUCAGAAGGUUAGCAGCAAGAGCUUCUCAGAGCUGGAGAAGAAGGCUCAAGCUGCCGACAAGCUCAGAGAGAAAGACGGCGACACCGGUGCUGACAAGAACUACCAGCCCGAGGAAUCCAUCUCUCCAUCUCUGCGACUGGCCUGUAAAGAUUUCGAGCAGCAGAGGAAAAUGGAGGAGAAGAAGUUGAAGGGAUUAGAGGGGAAUAAGAAAGUGCAAGCCGAGAGACUGGGCAUGGGUAUGGGCAUGAGGAGUGGAGUGUCUCACUCUGUGACGUCAGACAUGCACAUCAUCCAGCAGGAGAGUCCGAUGGGAAAGAAGACCACCAAAGGACGUCGGUUCACGGAGGAUGAUGAGGACGAAGGGUCCUUCAGCGCCAAGGUCUUGUCCCGGUUUGAGGAUCAAACAGAAACCUCCGAUAGCUUCUCCUCGAGGUGGGAUGAUAAAGGGGAGGAAGGAGGCUGGAUGAAGGAGAGCAAGAAACCAGAGCCGGACUUCUUCUUGAGCUCCACUAUAACAUCGCUGAAUGACAGACCCACGGGCAGAAGAAAACCUGAAGCCGUCCCAGACACCGGAGAAGCUCAGAAAAAGUUCGGCGGUGACGUGAAAUCCAUCUCUUCUGACACGUACUUUGGAAAGCGAGAUAACUCCGAGUACGAGGCCAAAACACGACUGGAAAGAUAUUCUGGGAGUUCCGCUAUAAGUUCAGCAGACCUGUUUGAUGAUCCAAAGAAACAAACUGCGAGUUCGUACCGUCUGACCAACGUGCUGCCCAGUGCUCCCGACAUGUCGCAGCUCAAACUGGGAGUUCGCUCUGUCGCAGGAAAACUCUCCGUCAUGGCCAGCGGCGUAGUCAGCUCAAUUCAGGAUCACUACAGCACCUGAGUCCUGGUGCGCCUCCUCUUGGAUUCAGCGCCCUAAUACUCGUCCUCUGUUCAACAGAGUCACAUACGUUUCCCAGUGGACUGGUGGUCGCUCCUACUGGGAGCUAAAGAGGUGCGAUGGGCAAAUCUGUUCCACGAAGGCAUCCAAAUUGACGCCCUGUAUACAUCUAUAUCUAGUUUUUUAUUAGGUGGUGUACAUACAACAGCUGUUUGAAUCGCGAGGAUCAAGCACAAUAUUUUCAGUGGAAGUAACGUUCCCCUGCAGGCUUCUUGAAGGGAGACGUCUGUGUACAGUUCACUGAUGAAGUUUUAGUUUGCGGUUUAUUGAUUGGUUCGCGUUGAGGUCUUUGGGGGUUUAAAUAUUUAGAAGUAUUAUAUGUAGCACAGGGUUUAUGGAGUUUUGAAGGAUGGAUUUGCAUUUUGAUUCCUUUUUAGUUGAUGAGGUAAAAAAUAAAUAAAACAAAACAGUGGAGAAAAUUCAGUUUGUUUUUAAUUGGUCUUGCUCAUCACAAGCACUCUGUGUUGUGCUGUUUUGCACAUUCCCACGGGUUUGAAAGUGUCCUUUCUGUCCUCAAAGUGCACUUAUAUUUGCUCCUCCACAGACGGGACCAAACCCUGAUAAAGAGGCCGUAGGGGACCAGAUAUAUAUAUAUUUCUUUAGUCAGGCAUACUUUCAGUUGUAUGAACUGAAAUUGGCCUCAUUAGCACAGAAGCUUCAUUAUCUUGUGAAUUAUGUUUUUUUGUGUUUUUUUUUUUUUCGUGGGCAGAGCAUCAGUUAUUCUAAAAGGACAAGAUGACAUGAAACCUAAGCAGCUAUGGAAAACUGAGUAUAAAGGAAAAGUUUGACAUUUUUGGGAAAUAUACUCAUUCGCUUUCUCGCCAAGAGAAUGUUGAGAAGACUGACAACACUCUCAUAUCUGUCGCGUAGCUUAGCAUAACGACUGGGAACAGGGGGGAACAGCUAGCCUGGCUCUGUCUGAAGUCUUUCUAACAAGUUUGGCUUUUUGUUUGGAUUAAACAAAUAAGAUAUAACUAUGCUAAGCUGGCUGGCUGUAGCCGUAUAUCUAUGAACUGAAAUGAGUGUUACCAAUCUUCUCAUCUAAUUCUAUUCUUUAAGCAAUCUGCCUACUAGCAUCAUGAUGAUCCUACACCAUGAUGAGCCUGCACCAUGCAGGUCGGUUGCACUAUGCGUUUUUGUCUCAAUCCUGUUGCUUUGAAUCAGACACUUUUAAGACGUCUCAAUCGAUAACGUGGUCAACAUUAGAACCUGUAGAUUCAUGAAUUUGUGACGGGUGCCUUUUGGUGAUGUUUUGGUAUUAAUUUCUAGAUGUUUUUUUGUUGGUAGUUGUGUUUACAUGUCUGCUAUAACUUUCCAUGUUGCCCCCCUUAAAUUGAACUGCACACACUAAAGGCUCUUGACUAGAAUCUCCUGAUGUGGUGGGACCUCUUUGUAGCUUUCAGGCCCCCGUUGUACAGCAACACACACACACACACACAUGUAUAUCUAUAUAUAUAUAUAGAUAUAUAUGUCAAUAUGAAUGUAAACAAUCCCUUUAAAGCCCUCUUUCUUUUUUGUUUAUUGCUGUAACAUACUGCCAAGGUUCAGGUUCCAUCUUUAAUUCUGAGCUGGUAAUUGGGUGUGAUUUUGGAUUUGACAUUUAAAAGCAAUAGAAGAACCGGUUGAUGUCCGUUCAUGGCUCUGAUAUGGACGAACUACGGCUUUAGCGUGAGCCUGUAGUGUAUUAUUAUUAUUUAGGUAGAGUUGUGCCAUGAUGCCGAAAAGGCUUCUUCAGAUAUCUAAUCGUGGACUAGAGUUUAUAAAUCCCUGAUCGGCGACAGGAUGAUUAUAUUACUGAGCGAUUUCGGUACUGUUUCUCCUUCUCAGGAGUUUGAUUGGAGUUGUUCAAUAAGGAACACUGAAAGACAAAGUCAUAGAUCCUUCAAUGACCAAACUAUUUGUUUACUCCAUCACUCUAUGCCUUAGUCCAAAGAUCUCUGAUUAACGCGCCCUCGUAUUGCAAUAUUGUGGAGUCGUCUGGUUACCGGUUUGCACAUUGUUUGUUAGAAAUUGCAUGUGGCAGCUUUUGCUUGAAUGUACUGUAUUUACAAUUGAACCGUUGCCUCUCAAGUUGAUGUUGCAUCCACGUUAGACUUAAAUUUUUUGUUGAUCUUUGUAAGAUUGUUUGUCUUCUGCCCGUUUAAUAUUGUUAAAUGUUACGUAAGCGAAUAGUAGCUUGUGUAAGUUGCAUGACCCUUGUAGAUGAUACACGCUGACACAUCGUCUGUUGGGGCCCUAAUAAAUAACGCUAGAGUAACAGAACCGUUCAAUAACAACUGUAUAGAACUGCUACAUGCAAUGAUGUAUAGGGCUUUGAAUUACCGUUUCUAGAAAGCUACAGAUAAUCAAGUUUUGACAUAUUUUGACACUCAAAAUGUAAGUAAGAUUUUUUGAAACAUGCCAAAUAAAUGGCUUGUGCCGAA